AUGGCGGCAUCGGGAGGCGGAUUAUCAUCUCCCGCUAUGGUUGCGGGUUUAAACACCCAAGCGCCGGCCCGGGCUCGUUUCCCAGGCCGGCCGGGCUCGGACGAGGGGGAGCGGGCUCCCGGAGGGCCGAGGCCUGUCAACAUCGGCCUUGCGUUGAGCGAAGAUCCGUCCCUGCUGCGCCUGCUCGGGGUGGCGGAGAAGCAUGGGCGACAGAAAGAUGCGGGCUUUGAUUCCAGCAACAGUGAGGAGGAGGAAGAUUUCACUGGAUUUGGGACCACAACAGUCUGUUCAAAGAAAACAUCUGGCACUGUUCCUCGGUCGUCGUCAUUUAGUCGAGCAAAAGCUCCUCAAGUUUCAGACCUUUCUCAAGCAGCAAAGCCUCUCAUUGGAAAAAUUAUACCAAAGGCCUCAAAAUCAGCUGUAAUUGGGAAAAUUGUACCGAGGAUUCCUAAAGAAGACCAGAGUGUUAAGAAGAGACCAGUAAAAGUCAAAGAAAUACCCAGGGUGGUAAUUAAACUGCAUGGCAAGCAGGAAGCUGUCACUGCGAAAGCCAAACUUUCAGAUGAGCAGGCCUCAGGUAGGCAGAGAGGUACAGCAUCAGCUGACAUUAUCAUUAAAUCAAGAGAAAGAACAGACUCAGGCAGCACGCAAAACCAACCAGUCACUACCUCAGCUGGUGGCACCGAGCAAGAGAAGUUGGCGAGUGCUCUGAUAGCAGCUGAAUGCUCAGAUAAAGCUUUGAAGGUCAAAGAACAGGGUGAGGUGUCAGUGGACUCAGACACAGAACAAGCCCAGCCACAGAAAACUGCAAAGCGAAUGGGGGGAUUUCGAGUUGGCCACACCAGACGAGCAGCUCAAGGAGUUGCUCUGUCGUUGACAUCCUUUCACAAACGGCAGAGAAAGAAAAUAGCUAAGGGUAUGGGUACCUCUCCUGAGGCUGGAGCUGAGGCCGGUGCCCAAAGUGGAGAAGAAGCAGCAAUGCCACUGGAAUGUAAAUCCGCAGAAUCCUCUAAGAAGCGAAGACAUCAUCAUAAAUCUUUGUAUGGGUAUAGGAAAAAGGCAGGAACAACCAUUAAAGGUCCAAAACUGUGUCGUAAUCGCACUAAGCAUGUUUUUUACACCUAUGUAGUAGAACCUGUUCCUGCCACACCGACACAGGAUGGAAGCGAGAAGCAGCUGCAAGGUCAGGAAAUCACUCCAUUGGAAGGUGAACCGAGUUCGUCUUCUGAACAAGUCAAGCUGUGCUCCAGUGACUCCUCCUAUCCCGUAACGAGUGGACGGUCCUCUCGUGUUAUUAAAGCUCCAAAGAGGUUCUCGGAUGAGGACAUAAUUCCCUUUCCAAAGGGCCAUCUGACAACAUGGCUGAAGAGUCAACAGAGAGAGGAUGGAAAACCGAGCACAUCACUUCAUGAGUCAGGUUAUGAUGGCAAGUUGUUACAGUCAGACAGCGACUCUUUAUCUGUUGUCGACAGCCUGUCUGCUGGGACAGAGUUUUCAUCAAAGCCCAGUCCAGGCACAAGCCAUGUAGAGUUAUACAAAAACCUCAAAAAACUGACUUUGAAACUGGCGGAGAAAAAGAGAUGCCGACCUGACACUCAGGGGGAUUAUACGCAUCAUGGUGACAGUUUGACCUCUCAUGGCAGAAAGAGGCGGAGGCCGAAGCUUAUGAUGGAGGAGAUGGAUUCUCCUGGUGUUGUGAGGAAACUAGCUGUGGUGGUCAACACUGAUGUGGAAGCACCCUCUUAUCAAGCAGAAAGCAUGGCUGUGGACAGCCAGGAGGCUUUAGAAGUCAGUGGGCCCAGCCAUCGAAUUGGUCUCAGUGGAGCUAAUAAGAGGAUGCUCCACCUGCUGAAGAAAGCCAAAGUCCAGCUCAUCAAGAUUGAUCAGCAGAAGCAGCUCAAGUUAUCACAGUUGGGCUCCAGAGAAUCAGUGCCAGUAAGUGGAAGGAGGAGGAGGAGAAGAAGAGUUGUCGUAUCACCCAAAGAUAUUAGUCCACAGGAGCAGCCGCUGGGUGGUCCGAGGAUCAAACACGUGUGUCGGGCAGCAGCAGUGGCUCUGGGGAAGCCCCGUGCCAUGGUGCCGGAUGAUAUUCCCAGGCUCAGCGCCCUGCCACUCCAUGAGAGAGAGGGCAUCACAUUUUCUCCCACACCAGAAGAUAUGGCAGAUGAUGACGAUGACAUCUCUGAUCAGGGCAGGGCUCAGUGGGUUGUGUCUCAGGAAAACAUCCAGCAGAGGAGUAGAAGGGGGAAGGGAAAGGGCCGCAGGUUCAGAAAGAGACGGAUACAGAGUCAGUAUGCCCCCGGGGGAGUCCGUUCCCGGCGCUGUGGAACCUGCCAAGGUUGUUUGAUAGAAGAGGACUGUACAAAGUGUAUCAACUGCCUCGAUAAGCCCAAGUAUGGGGGACCCAACACCAAGCGACAGUGUUGCAUAUAUAGGAAGUGUGAGCGGAUUGAGAAAGCGAAGAUGGAGCGCUUCAUCAGACCAUUGAAAUUCCAAGCAAGGAGGUUAUCAGCCUCCAUCUCAAGCAGUGACGAUGCAAACUGGAGGUUUGGAGGGGCUGGAGAGAAAUCAUCCUCGAUGGAGCCUGGAGUCAGGAAACUGUCCCUGCGUAAUAUCACACCACGGUCCUACAGCAGCCUGCUGAAAUCUGAAUCUGAAGAUGAAGAAGAAGGAGGAGAAGAAGAAGAAAAGGAGAAGAUGAAUAAACCAACAGUCAAGCCAAAUGUAGCUGCUGCUAGCAGCCAAGAUCCUGCCCCUCAGGAUGGCCGAUCAGUAUCAGAUGACCCCCCCAGUGAGGUGGUGAAGCAGCGCCGGCCAUUCUCCAGGGGACCCGGGGGCAGACCCAGAGUUUACAAGAAUCCUGCAGAGUGUGCAUCAGUGAACACCCUGACGGGGUUAACUAACGGAUUUCCCCAAAAGGGCCUGUUGCAGAACAAGUACAAGAUCCGUGUGGACUUCAAGGAGGACUGUGCUGUCCAAAAUGUAUGGCUAAUGGGUGGCCUCAGCGUGCUCACAUCGGUCCCUAGCACACCACAACCAGUCUGCCUACUCUGUGCCAGUAAAGGACAACAUGAGAUGAUAUUCUGCCAGAUCUGUUGUGAGCCGUUUCACAGUUUCUGCCUCUCAUCAGAGGAGUGUCCCCAGGAUGAGAACAAGGAGAACUGGUGCUGCAGGCGCUGCAAAUUCUGUAACGUUUGUGGCCGUAAAAGCAAGAACACCAAGCCUGUGCUGCAGUGUCAGAGAUGUCAAACCUGCUACCAUCCUUCAUGUUUGGGACCAACGUACCCUAAACCUGUGAAUUGCAGCUUGCCCUGGAUGUGCAUGACAUGCAUUCGGUGUAGAAGCUGUGGUGUGACCCCAGGAAAGACCUGGGACUUGGUCUGGAAUCAUGAGCAGGAUCUCUGUCCUGAGUGCACGUCUCUCCACGAUAAAGGCAACUUCUGCGCUGUCUGCCAUAAGUGCUAUGAUGACAGCAACAAACACACUCAGAUGAUUCAGUGUUCAGAGUGCAGCCACUGGAUACAUUACAAGUGUGAAGGACUUUCAGAGGAACUGUUUAGGUUGCUGUCAAGUCAACCGGAAGGAGCCUUUUUCACCUGUUCACCCUGUAGCCAGCACCAAACACAACAGAGCAGCUUGAAAGCAGCGCUGCAGAGCAGGCUGAUGGCUGGGUUGGAGGAGGUAAUCACCGACCUCCUCUCCAACAUCACCACACAGCACCUCCUCAUCUGUAAAGAGUGUCGGGAAACAAACAGCCCAGGAAUUGUCAAAGAACAGCAGGCAGUCUGUGAUCUACAAGCCAUAGAGAAGAGGUUUAAAGGAGGAGAUUACACCUCAAUAAAAACUUUCCAUGCAGAUGUUGCCUGCAUGAUGAGGAAGUGGCUGAAAGAGGAGGAACUUGUUCCCGAGAAUCAGCGGCUGACCACUCAGGCCAGGGCACACUAUAUCAAAUUGAUGAAGCGAGUUUUCCGGUGGUUUCCUGCACACAGUCUACAAAAGUGGAGCUCUGAGGAAUUCCCAAGUGGCAUGCUCCCUGAGGCAGUCCUUCCACCGUCUAAGGAACACAGCUAUGCACAGUGGCUGGAGAGGACAUACCAGCCUAAGGAGUCCAUGGGCCCACAGGCGGGGAAAGCUGAUGCUCUGCUAUCCUCAGUUGCUACACAGCAGGCUUGUGCAUUACACAGCCUCCCACUCCAUUCUGGUGUAAAAAGUGAUCUGGGAACUACAGAGAUUGAAGAUGCGAGGCACUGUGCACUGUGCCAACAAUAUGGAGACUCUGCUCCAAGUGAUGCAGGACGGCUCUUGUACUUGGGACAGAAUGAAUGGGCCCAUGUUAACUGUUGCCUUUGGUCAGCAGAGGUGUAUGAAGAGAAUAGUGCUCUUUUACAAGUGCACAGUGCUGUCUCAAGAGGGCGCCACUUGCGUUGUGAUCGUUGUGGGCAGUCAGGAGCCACUGUGGGCUGCUGUCUUGCCACCUGCUCUCUGCAGAUUCAGAAACUCGGUGUGUUGUCAGAGCUGUCAUCUAAUGGGAGGAUGCUGUAUCCUGUCGGCUACCAAUGUUCCCGCUUGUACUGGAGCACUGUGGACCCCCGCAGGUGCUGUAAGUACACCUGUAAGGUGACAGAAGUGAGCACACCCCUCCCUGGUGAGGAGCAAGAUCCUCCAUGGGACCAAGAAGACAACCACACCAUAGUCCACAGUCCAAACCACCAAAGAGGGUCUGUUCCUCCCAAAUCACAUCACGUCCUGACGCUGUGGGACCUUGAUGACACUCGUCGACCUCGUAGGCUCUCAUCAAGAAGCCGCUGUAGUUCCUCACCCACAGACAGCGAUCCGUUUGUACCAAUGACCCUCCGCUCCGGUGGCACUGUCCAUUCCAGAUGUGGCCUGUUCAGCUCCCCUCCAAGAUCAUCAAACUUUGGACCAGCCUCGCCUCCUCUCUCACAACAAAACUCAACAUCUCCAGUCUGGAGCUCCCCAGCUAGAUCCAACUCAAACUUCUCUGCAGGGCUGUCACCUCGGCAAGGAGCCGUCACUCAUUCCCCUGGAGUGAGGCAAAACUUUAAAAUCACCACCCCAGUCUCUGCUGAGGUUCCCCAGGACUUUUUAGCAUCAUCUGAGACAGAAGACGCAGCUGUGGCCACAACGGAUGGGAUCCCAUUAGCCCCUGAAAACUUGGAAGAGGCAGUGGCACAUCUGAUGGCCCAGGAACUGCCUUAUACCGUGUUUGAUACUGAUACUGAUACGGAGGUAGCAGUGGCAUCCAUGCUGAAUUCUAAGCUUGAGUUUGAUGAGACCCUCCUCACUGAGAAUGUGGCACUUCACUGUGGUGCCCAAGGCAGGAGGGGAGAGGUGGAAGGUACUGUGCAGGAUGUGGAUAUGAAGGAGGAUAGUAAGGAGGAUGAACAUUCAAGCCAUUACUUAAAAUUUUCGCGCAUAGUGGUUUGUGACACAGCUAAUGCCUCAGAUGCCUCAGGUCAGCUCCAUCCAGCACAGUCAAUCUCACAGUUAGAUGGAGCAGAUGGUGGGUCAGAGAGUGAUGAAAGCGAUGCAGUCGACGAUGAAACUCAGGAAACAGAAAGAGAAGAUGGAAAGACAAAAAUUCACACCAAUCAUAAUACACCUACUAAACAUCUGACAGUUGCUCUAAAGAGGCUGGAGUCAGUCUACACUCUGUCAAAGUCAACAGUCCAACAAGGAACAACUGAGCUGCAGUUUCAGGAAAUUUCUUUACCAUCUGCUCUUUCUGAAUCAAGUUAUGUACUCAGUGACAUGUCAGUUCAAGAGGAAGAAGUCCAGAUGAGUUCUGAAACACCAGAAUCCCACAGUCAGGUGUUUUUGGAUUCUACCACAGGCCAUUUUGUGUCUGCUGAAGAUGGCUCUUUAAUGUACCCAAAUAACAAUGAAGAUGACAAUAGCUCAUCAUCUGACUCAGUUGAACCAUUCAGAGAUGAUUUGAAUGACCCCGACUAUUCUCCAGAGGCUAAAACCAAAAAAUCUCCCUUGGCACAAACGAAAACCAUCCUUGUGAAGACAUAUCGUCCCUCAUCAAACCUCAAACGCUUGUCACCAAAACCAUUCACGUCCCCCAUUUUGGUCAAUGGCGUAAAUGCUUCACCUGUUCAACCUGGCGUCACACGGGGCCAAACCAUCGCAAUCCGCUUGGACAACUACAGGCCAGAAAGUCAGCAGCGGGCAGAGACCCAGAAUGAGGCUGCUAAUUCAGCCCCGGCUCCUUCCCCUCAGAUCUUGUUGGUCAACAGUCAAGGACAGAUUCUCAUUAAAGAUCCAAGAUCCAACACUUGCCAUCCACUCAGUACAAAUUCGCCUGCCUACAGUAAAAUAAGCCAGAUAGCCAAGAUUCUGCAUAGCAGUAAUGCUUUGCAGCGCCCAGUCCCUCGUUUCAUAAUAAGGCCUUGCUCUGUCCUGCCUGCUACAAAUGCAUCUCCUGCCAGUAACCACACAACAACAUCUGAGAGAAAAAUCUUUUUCAGAGUGCUGCCUUCGAAAAGCACUGGAAAUCCCGCUCCCACAGCUCCUGUGAGUGUGCAUGGUGUUCCUGAGCCUGGUUUCACUAACAGUGAAGGAAGCACAGCUCAGGCUAUUAUUGACAGAGCCAUGUCUACCCACCGUGACGCACCAAAAACAAAACCCAUCAUCCUCAGUAACUCCCAAUCGCCAAAGGCCAGACAUCGAAGACCACCCCAGUUUCAAGACACAGAAGAUUCAGAUCACAUACCAGUUCCAAGCUCAGAUUUACCCAGUGGUUUCCUCAGUGAACCAAAUUUCAGCCUGCAUCCAACACCUCUGUCAUCCCGCCACCAGGUGCGUAUCAAGAGAGUGUCAUCAGUAACUGAAAGGCCCUCCAGGAAGAAAUCCAAGAUGGACUUCUUGAGAGAUCCCUCAAGUUAUAGCUCAGAAGACGACACAUCUUCACCUAAACACAGAAAGAGGACAUACAUGAAUCAGCCCCACCUGCGCUUUGAAAUCACCAGUGACGACGGCUUUAGCGUUAAAGCUAACAGCAUUGAAGUUGCCUGGCGUGCAGUGAUUGACGGCGUCCUUGAAGCUCGAGCAGGUUUUCACCUGAAGCAGCUGCCUCUUGGUGGGAUGAGUGGCCCACGGAUGCUCGGUGUUAUCCACGAUGCUGUCAUCUUUCUGCUGGAGCAGCUUCACGGGGCUGCAGACUGCAAACACCACCGCUUCCGCUUCCACCGAUGUGAUGACAUCGAGGAGGAGCUUCCCCUCAACCCGAGUGGCUGCGCAAGAGCUGAAGUCUACACACGGAAAGCAACUUUUGACAUGUUCAACUUCCUGGCAUCACAGCACAGAGUGCUUCCGGACAUAAUAGGCCCCUUUGAUGAAGAGGAGGAUGAGUUCCCGUUGAAAUCUUCCAGAAGAGCCACUAGCAGUGAGCUUCCCAUGGCAAUGAGAUUCAGACACCUGGAGAAGAUCUCCAAAGAAGCAGUAGGAGUUUACAGAUCUCAAAUUCAUGGGCGCGGCCUUUUCUGUAAGAGGAACAUCGAGGCUGGGGAGAUGGUGGUAGAGUAUGCUGGUACAGUGAUUCGCGCCGUCCUGACUGAUAAACGGGAGAAAUAUUAUGACAGCAAGGGCAUUGGCUGCUACAUGUUCCGCAUCGAUGACUUUGACGUGGUGGACGCCACGAUGCAAGGCAACGCAGCCCGUUUCAUCAAUCACUCAUGUGAGCCCAACUGCUAUUCUCGUGUCAUCAACGUGGAUGGCCGCAAGCACAUUGUCAUCUUCGCCCUGAGGAAAAUCUACCGGGGCGAAGAGCUCACCUAUGACUACAAGUUUCCCAUUGAGGACGAGAGCAACAAACUGCAUUGCAACUGUGGGACAAACAUCAGCAUAAAGGACCUUGUAUUCCUGGCUUUGCUUGGAGCAGCAUAUGCUGCAUUUGAGGAUGAUAAGAUUGUUGGAGGGUGUGAGUGUCCUAGACACUGUUCCCUACAGGUGUGUCUGAAUGCUGGAUGCUACUUCUGUGGUGGAUCCCUCAUCUCCAGUCAGUGGGUGGUGUCUGCUGCUCACUGCUACAAGUUUUAAGUACAAGUCCAUCUUGGUGAGCAUAACAUCGCUGUAAAUAAGGGCGCCAAGCAGUGGAUUGACACUGCCAAGCUGAUUAAGCACCCACAGUACAACAGCUACAACCUGGACAACAACAUUAUGCUGAUCAAACUGAGCUGCCCUGCCACCCAUAACAGCUACAUGCGGACUGUGGCCCUGCCCUCUCACUACCCUGUGGCAGAUGAGAACGGCCUGGUGUCAGGGUGGGGCAACAUGUCUGCCAACGGAAGCAACUAUCCCGACAGGCUGCGGCGUCUGAGGCAGCACAUCAUCAAUGACAGGAUCUGCAGGAACGUGCCCCCAUCUUUCACCAAGAACAUGGUUUGUACUGGAUUCAUGCAAGGAGGUGCCAGCAGCUGCCAAGGACACCACAGGGACUGUGCCAUGCAGGGACACCCCAGCAGCUAUGCCCAUGUGUGCCGCUACAACAGCUGGAUCAGCACCGUCAUACGCAACAACUAA